CGAUAAGGUUUACACGUUUCAAAAAGGCACACAGGGUUUUCCCAUAACUACUCAUACCUCAUGCUAUUGUUUCGUUCAACAAGCAAAUAUACACAGCGCGUUGGCGAAGAUAAGAAAACACAUGCCUACAAAAUAAGAUCGAGUUUGGGAAAAUAUUUUUGUUCUCAGUAAUGUAUAAACAAUUAUAUGUACGUGACUGACGUGUUGGAUUUUGAUCACUUUUAGUUCGACUAGGAUCUAGUCCGUGAUAAAAGGAACCGGGCUCCGGAUUGUGAUCAUCAUCGUCCUGGUCAAGUUGGGCAUUUUGUAAAGCCGGGUAGCGCAAUCUCAUGAUGUUAUGAAGGCAAACACAACACUCUAUGAUGUCUUGUAUCACUGCUGGGAAUUGCUGCAUGGUUAUCGUGGCUUGAUCGGAAUGAUCGUCGUGAAGUCGCAGCUCUGGGAGAACGGGGGAUUGGUGCCAAGCCUUCUGGAACAAAUACCUAGUAAGAAAUACGUUAUGCCGUCUGAAGGAAUUUUGCCGAACGGGUUUGGCUUUACGCCGGAAACAAAGAAAUUUAGACCUGAUGCCCAAACCCAAAACUGUCGCACGAGAGCACGUAGUAAGACCGAACUGAAACGCAGUGUAACAGAAGAGAUGGGUGAGUGUUCUAUUGAGACGUCAAAAAAAUCUAAAUGUCAGAAUUAUAACGAGGGCCACAGCAGCGAGCCAAAGGCAAAGGCAUUACAACCCUUGGUUUUGCCUGGACAUGUUGAAAAUAAAUUUAAAGUCGAAGAAAAUGUGGAGGUUGAUGAAUUACCCAGCCUCUCGCCAGAUGAAGGGUCAGAAGCUGCUUCGACUCAAAAGGAGAUGCGACUCACACUAGCAAAUGCUAUUGAUAAAGAAAUGUGCAAGACCAGCAGCUAUUGUUCAGAAAGAAUAGAAAGUAUUGAAAUGGACACUAUUAUUGCCAGUGGUGUUCGUGAUCACCCAAUCACUCCAAAUCCGAGUCAGAUGCCACAGGAUUAUAUUGACUGUCAACCAAGAGACCAACCGUCCGCACCGUCUGGCCUCAUUAUAAAAACAGAUCCGAAGCCUGAUCAAAAAUCGGUGAUCACUAUUCCACACGCCUAUCAGACGGACACAGAGGCUGGGGAUUAUUUUGGCGCAACUCUAUACACCUACACGCGGCCUUCAGGGAAGAAAUACAAGUACCAGCAUCUACUGAAGGAUAUCAUUGAUGGAUAUCCGGCACAGAAGAUGCGCAUUCGUGAAGGUGACGAGCUGGUUUUGAUAGGUCAGACAUUCACACCGGACCUUAAUCAUACAGAGAUUCUCAAUAGUUUCCACCACGACGUUAAAGUGGACGGUAAAACGCGUUUCAGUCUGGUUUUAAGAAAAAGUGAAAAGAAGAAGUCGUCGUGGUAUUGGUAUGAGACCAGUGCUAUUCUUUCUCCGGACCCUAAACAACAUCCUCACACUGAAGUUCCGAUAGUUAAGGACCUAAAAAUUGGACCCGCAAAAACCACGCGUGUUACACAGAAAAUCGUAUUUUCUAUUUACGACAGCUCGCUUUACAUGUUCAUUGACCAAUCUGGCAUUCACGGCGUACCUAUUGAAAGGGUAGACAGACCCAAAUACGUCAACAAGACAGUCGAAAUAUCAUUUAAUCCGUUGGCUCGAAAAGCGGCCUUGUUUGGAAUGGACGGGACAUCUUACGUGAGCUUAGAUGUGCGCACAGAUGGUCAAAGAGAUAUUCGUAUAUCGAAUGAAGAAAAGUGCACGUGGUUUGAGUAUGAAGCGACUGGCGUAGACAACAAAUUCCAUGUGAAUGACUGCUUUCUGGCAUAUGACAAAGUAGAAAAUAAGUUUGUGAUGUCCAAAAUCAAAGAAGGGCGAAACUGUGUUAUAUUCCAAGAUGUGGGGCGAGUUAAAGGAAUUGAUCAUCCAGAUUACGCAUGCGCUUCUGAACUUGCAAAUAUGGACGCUGAAGAAAUAGAAGACCCUGACAGCGCAUACGCCAGUAAGGUUGGUAGUCAAGAAAAGGAUACAUGGACGCUCGAUGAUGAUGACCCAAAAAGUCCUAUCUUUUUGUCUGCGGACAAUUUAGACAUGGACUAAUCUAUCACGUGGGCUAGGUUUCGUAUGCAUUAAAUGUGGAAUAAAGCUUGACACUAGUAACAAAAAGCUAAACAAGAGACAUAUGCUUUUAUUCCUAGUGAUACAUGUUACAUGUCACUAUUGAAAUGCCCUCCUUAAUUGAAAAGCAUUGACAGCGUUAUUAUUCACCUAUGUAUGGCAGGAGAUGACGAAUAUUGCAUAAAUCUGUUAUAUACUUACUUAUACUUAAACGCACAAAGGGCAUUACAAUGAAAGUGUUUAGGGAUUCGCUUCAUUAUCGAACCGUAUCACAUACAUGUUUUUCCUACUCAAGUUUUCCUAUAAGCUAUUGGAAUGUUUAUUGAAUGAUCUCUAUAGUCAUUUAGUAUCCUUGGAAAAGCUACACACUCCUAUGAACUGACUAAGUUUUGUUUUAAGUUGACUUCACCUACCAUGUGUACGUCUUUUUUUUAUAUUAAUAUAACACAUGUUUAUAAUUGUCCUGUAGAUAUAGAUGAUGUAGAUGGAUGCCAGAAGAGUUAAGCGCCUUGCCCAAUAUUCAUUUUUCAUUAAUUGAUUUGAUUGUGUGUAUGUUAACCUGUUAUUUAUAUUCCUUUUUUUCUGACAUUAUGCCAGUAAACAUGUUUUAGAUCCAAACAUGUGAUGUAUUUUUUUU